CAGGAGUGCAGCUGGGGUGGGCUGUCGGAGAACACACCGAGGCCAGGAGCAGCCCUGCUUGGCAUGACCGUCUGCUGGGAGAAAGGGGGGAUCAGGAGACCAAGAGGAAAAUCCUUGGGUGGGGGCUGAGGGCAGCUCGGAGGGUCUCUGGGCUGACAGGGAACAAGCUGAGCAUGGAGGAGCUGCACAGCUGGAGCUAAAGGCAUCAUCGGCUCAGACAGGCGGGAUCACAGCUUCUCUGUGCCGCACCUCAGAGCCAGGAAGGUAUGUGAAGAUGUCGACCUUCCUAGAUCCUGGGAUGCACACUCUCCAGAUAGGUACAAACAGGGAGAGCUCUCGGACGCCGUCCCCACCCAGUUCCCCAGGAAUGCACCACGAAAGCUUCAGCAUCGCGCCGCUCACGCCCUCCCAGUCACCUAGGAACGAAGGCCGGACACAGCGACCCACUUCCUUCUCCGUGGUGGUGGCCAUUGACUUUGGCACGACCUCCAGCGGCUAUGCCUUCAGCUUCUCCAACGACCCCGAGGCCAUUCACAUGAUGAGGAAAUGGGAGGGGGGUGAUCCUGGAGUGGCCAAUCAGAAAACCCCCACCAGCCUCUUGCUGACCCCAGAGGGCGCCUUUCACAGUUUCGGAUACACGGCAAGGGAUUAUUACCACGAUCUCGAUCCGGAGGAAGCCCAGGACUGGCUCUACUUUGAGAAGUUUAAGAUGAAGAUUCACAGCACUAGUGACCUCACCAUGAAAACCGAAUUAGAAGCCGUGAAUGGGAAGAAGGUCCAGGCGCUGGAGGUGUUUGCACACGCCCUUCGCUUCUUCAAGCAGCAUGCCGUGCAGGAGCUGAAGGACCAGUGUCCAUCUUUGCAAGAGAAAGAUGCCAUCCGCUGGGUGAUUACAGUGCCUGCCAUCUGGAAACAGCCAGCCAAGCAGUUCAUGAGGGAAGCUGCAUACAAGGCCGGCUUGGUUUCCCCCGCAAACCCGGAGCAGCUGUUGAUUGCGCUGGAGCCAGAAGCAGCCUCCAUCUAUUGCAGAAAGCUCCGCCUCAAUCAGCUGAUCGACCUGAGCUGCAAACCUGUAGCCAAUGGCCUCGCCUCAGAGCUCUCCAUCAACUCCAGCUUCAGGCAGGCCAGAGAGCAGCUCCGGCGUUCCCGGCACAGCAGGACCUUCCUGGUGGAGUCGGGGGUAGGCGAGCUGUGGUCCGAAAUGCAAGCAGGGGACCGUUACAUCGUGGCUGACUGUGGCGGCGGGACAGUGGAUCUGACCGUCCACCAGAUCGAGCAGCCGCAAGGGACGCUCAAAGAGCUCUACAAAGCCUCAGGCGGCCCCUAUGGGGCGGUCGGGGUGGACCUGGCCUUCGAGACGCUGCUGGGCCAGAUCUUCGGGGAGGAUUUCAUCGCCACCUUCAAGGCCAAGCGCCCGGCAGCCUGGGUGGACCUGACCAUCGCCUUUGAGGCCCGCAAGAGGGCGGCAGCGCCCUUCCGCUCCAACCCCCUCAAUGUCUCGCUGCCCUUCUCCUUCAUCGACUUCUACCGCAGGCACCGGGGCCAGAACGUGGAGACGGCACUCAAGCGGAGCAGUGUGAACUUUGUGAAGUGGUCCUCGCAGGGGAUGCUGCGAAUGUCGUCGGAGGCCAUGAACGACCUCUUCCAGCCGACCGUCAGCCAGAUCAUCCGGCACAUCGACGACCUCCUGAAGAAGCCAGACGUCAAAGGGAUCAAGUUCCUCUUCCUGGUAGGGGGUUUUGCCGAGUCAGCGAUGCUCCAGCACGCCGUCCAAUCAGCCUUCGGCAGCCUGUGUCGCGUCAUCAUCCCCCAGGAUGUCGGGCUGACAAUCCUCAAAGGGGCGGUGCUCUUCGGCCUUGACCCCACCAUCGUCAGGGUCAGGCGCUCGCCCCUGACCUAUGGCGUGGGGGUACUCAACAAAUUUGUGGAGGGGAAGCACCCCAAGGAGAAGCUGCUGGUGAAGGAGGGGAAGAACUGGUGCACAGACAUCUUUGAGAAGUUUGUCUCCGUGGACCAGUCGGUGGCCCUGGGCGAGGUGGUGCAAAGGAGCUACUGCCCGGCCAGGGUGGGGCAGCGGAAGAUCAUCAUCAACAUCUACUGCUGUGCCACGGACGACGUGGUCUACAUCACCGACCCGGGGGUUAGGAAGUGCGGCACCAUCAGCCUGGAGCUGGAUGAAGUGGACGAACCAAGCUGCCCCAAGAGCCGGCGGCGGGAGAUCCGGGCCAGCAUGCAGUUUGGGGACACGGAGCUCAAGGUGGCAGCUAUGGACGUCAGGACCUCCAAGACGGUCAGAGCUACCAUCGACUUCCUGUCCAAUUGAGCCCCAAAGGGAGGGACAGCUCAGAGGUUGCAGGGGCAUGGGGUCUUCCACAGGCACCUGCCCCUCUCCCCUGACAGCACAUGCCUCGGUGCUCACAUCCAUGUGAGUUUCACACCACGAGAUGCAGUCACUUUGCAUCCUCAGCAGCAGCGAUACUGGACUUGGAGGAGAUUUACGUUGCCAGGGAACAAUGGUUCAUGGACUCACAAACCUAAAUCAAGCCAUGGGGAACCCAUGGUCCUCACUAGGACUUUGGCAGGGGUUGCAGUCAGGGUUCCAGCCAUGCUUUUCAUGUCCCUGCCCCAAACACGCUCCAUCGGAGGAGUCCCGAAUUCACCUUGGGGCAUUGCUGUAUCACUAGGCUACCCUCCCUGCCACAGCAGGGUGAUGCAGAAAAUCCUACGGGGACACACCAAGGCAGCGGUGACCCUAAGAACAUAAUGGCCAGACUGGGUCAGACCACUAGUCCAUCUAGCCCAGUGUCCUGCCUUCCAGUGUCAGGUGCUUCAGAGGGAAUGAACAGAAGAGGGAAUUGUCGAGUGAUCCAGCCUCUAACCAAGUUUCCAUGAGCUCUACGCUCGUAGCUACUGCACUCGAGCUGGACAGUGUUGCCAGCAGCCUCCUUGAAUAGGGAGAAGGACCCUGUGUGUUCCUGGAGUCACAGGCCCUCUGCUCCUGUAGGAAGAACUCUACAAGAGAAGGCCUCCUCCGGUUGUAAACCCUUCCUCCUCUCACACAGAAACAGGAUUUGUUCUUGGCUUGUUUUAUCUUGGGGAAGUUCCCCCUGGUGCGUGAGGCUCAAGCCAUUCAGACUCAUGGUUUAGGUCUCAAAAGCCUCUCAAGAGUGAGCCUUAGCAGGAUCUUCAGCAGAACGCCAGCCCAGCACCCAGGCACACGUGCGUGUCUCGGCCAAGCCAACGCAGAGCCCAGCUGGCAGCAAACGCAGCCUGGUGGCCAGCAGCAGGCGACGUGAUGAACUGGCUCUGUCUCCAUGAUGCAGGCCCCAUAACCCGGACAGUUUACUGGCAUGAAGUUCAGAGAGCUCCCCAGCUGAUGUUCUCCUGGUGACCUCUGCACGCAGUGCAGCAAGUGGCACUCGCUCCUCCAGAAACCAUGGGAGCGCCCUGGCCUGGCAGUUCUGUGGGGUCACGGUCAGUCCACGAGUGCAUCCAGCUCACCUGCGCUCACCUCUGCAGUUCUGUACCCCGCUAGAGCUUGCCACUGGGCACAGAGCCGCAGGAUCGGAGCUCUGGCCCCAGUCUUGGAACAGUGUCCAGGAGGAACCCUUCAGUGCCAGACCCCCUAGGGGUCUCAUUCUUCCUCCACGGUGAGCCAUGCUUCACCGCCUCCUUAGGCUGGACCUCCGGGCCUGCAGCAUCCCUUCUUCACCCCGUGAGCCCCGCUCAGCGAGUCCCACUGAGAUGGGGCCCCAGGGAGACUUUUAUGAUCUUAGGGAGCGACGCAGGGACACUCACAGAGCGUGGGGAUGCAGUGGGGAUUAUUAGGUGACUGGAACACUGCAGAAGAUGUCCUGGGUUAGCGUAAGGAAAAGAACGUUAUAGCACACUCCAUCCUAGUCAGCUCAGAACCCGGAGCCCUGUCCCUCUGAGCUGGCCUUGUCCCCGUUCAGGCAGCCAUUACUCCUCUGCACUCCUCCCCAGCUGGGCACAGACUGCCGGGCUGCCUGCCGAGGCGUGGGCCUUCCAUGGUCCUUCGUUGCUAGGUCUCAAAGUCCCAGGGACUGGAUUUGCCUUGUCUUCUCAGAUACUCCACUGAUAUGGGCCCUAACGCCCCAGACAGCUAAGACCUAUUCACAUCCGUGUCCUCUGCCAAGAGCAAACAGACCUGUCCCCCCGCCCCCCCCAAAACUAGGUAACAAUGCAGCAUACAGGGGAAACUGAGGCACGCUGGGGCUUCCUAAAGAUAUUACAAAAAUUCCCACUUUGCCACACCACCAGCCCCAGCCGACAAGCUUUGCUGGCUCGUUGGGCACCUGGGAACUGCCUCAGUUGGCUAAUGAAUAUUCUACUGGCCGGCUAGGCCCUACCCAGGAGUUAAAGGUCAGGAACCUCCUUCCUGGCCCCGCUCAGCUAAAGUGGCCACAGACAGACUCGGUUGGGGCAGAAGAAGAGGGAGUUGAUACCAAUUGAUCUGUAGGUUACUGGCAGGGCGUGUGCCCAAGGAGAAAACAAUGGUGACUGGUUACAACGGCUCCUUUCAAUAAGUAUAUUUUUUUCUGUAAACCCAAAUUUUUAUUUUUAUAUAUCACAUGUAACUUCCCCCAGGUGUAAGAGCCAGGCACUAUGGCUGGAUCUGUGGCACUAGUGAGGCCUCUAUCCUGUGUUUCAGAGAAAUAUGCUAUGUGAUGGAAAUCAAAAUAAACGAUUAUACUCUUCUGUAGCCAGGGGCGGGGGAA